AUGUUAACAACUGUGACUGCGAUGUUCCAGCUAAGGAACGGACAUGUUGGAAGCUCACUAACCCCGACAGAUGUUUUUGGAACUACAAGAUUGAGGAAAUGUGAUUACUUUGAAUGGAAAGAUGUUGCACUGGAAGAUGGUUACUACAAAAACCUCAUCUAUUCCAUGAAGCAACAGUUGGAUUCCAAAGAGGAUCUUGGUGUCAUAAAAAACUUGAGGACUAAGAAUGGUGAGUUGGAGUUUCUCCUGAGUAAGGAGAAGAGUCUAGUGGCAAGCAUGGAGAAGGGGAUGUGUGAUUCCAAGAAGAGCAUACGUAUGUACAAGCUGUUGGUAGUUGUUCUAGUUGUUAGGUAUCUCAUGUUUGUUUUGUUUUAA